AAGGACAGGAUGAUGGCACGCUUCCACAGCUUGGAGGAGUUCACCAUACCCCCAUAAAAGGCCCACAAGACCACAGCCCCAGCUUACACAAGUCACACCGAUCGAUCGAGUCACCCACCAUGGCCGUCAUGACUCUCUGUUUCUUUUCUUUUUUGACGGGCGUUCUGAUAGGGGUGACCAUGGCUCUUAAAGGAGAGGCGUUCAGGUUUGCCGGCGACGUCGCAGCCAUCUUGCCGGCGCCAGUGAAGAAGACCGUGGUGGCACUGGCGCGAAGCAGCCCCGCCCGUGCCGCCGCCGAUGCCCUGGUAGGUCUCUUCCUGGGCAUGGUCUGCGUGAUGUUCACGGCCACGUUCUUCAACGUCGUCGCAUCCCUUGCCUGCGAUGGGGACUGCUCCCUGGCCGGCAUCCUCUCUGAGAUCUCGGACUACUCCGAGACGCUCUCCCUGCUUCUCUUAGCGCCGGCGUCUGCGCUCUUCUUCCUGCGCGCUGCCGGCUACAGCAGUGAGGUCAAGGAGGAUUUCAAUGAGCAGCCUUCUUCUUCUCUCCUUGAAAGCCUCAAGUCGCCGGCACGCUUGGCGGUUGCGACUGCAGGGCUUUUCUUUGGGAUCAUCUCUUGGAUUCUUCGGAUGUGUGGAUCUCCACAGAUUUCUGACAUUCCAGGCGUUGCGGCUCUUUUCUUCUUGCACCUAUUUAUCGUCCUCUUCUACAUCAGUGCUGCACGGGCGCUGUGGAGGAUGAAUCGCAGGCCAGCAAUUGACAUGGUGGCAGAGUAGCGCAGCAAAGCAUGACCUACUCUACUCAGGUGCGCAGAGGCAGGGUUUCCAGCCGGCUGCAGCAAGAAGAUGAUGGAGGGCACUAUACUACUAGCGCAGGAAUGCUUCUGUUUCCAGCUAGUAGCUACCUACCUAUAUGGUGCUGUUGUGAAAAAAAUAAUAAGAGAUGGACAUGUCGUGUGAUGAGUAGUUACCUAUCUGCUAGUAGUAUAACUAGUACCAGUAAGCUUGAUUCGAUGCUGGGUGAGAGCUCCACUAUGGUACUUUGGUUAUUUACCUUACCGUUGGCUGUGGGCACAUAUUAUUUGACGUACGCUCUGAUGAAGGUUUUCUAUUCUAUGUGUAUGAUAUAUCA